AGGGGCAGCGGGCGGGCCCCGUGACCGGAAGUUGUCGGGGGGGAGGCGGAAGUGAAAGCGGGGAGGCUGUUGGGCCCAUUAAAGCCGACCGAGGCGAGCGGGGGGGGUGGCAGCGAGUCUCGGGCGGGCGCCGCGGCACACGCACCAGUGUAAAAGAUGACUUCUAGGAAGAAAGUGUUACUGAAAGUCAUCAUCCUUGGAGACUCUGGGGUGGGAAAGACAUCGCUUAUGAACCAGUAUGUGAACAAGAAAUUCAGUAACCAGUACAAGGCUACGAUAGGCGCAGACUUCCUGACAAAAGAGGUCAUGGUGGAUGACAGGCUAGUGACAAUGCAGAUAUGGGAUACAGCAGGACAAGAACGAUUUCAGUCUUUGGGAGUUGCCUUCUACAGGGGAGCAGACUGCUGUGUGCUGGUGUUUGAUGUCACAGCCCCCAACACAUUCAAAACCCUAGACAGCUGGAGGGACGAAUUCCUCAUUCAGGCCAGUCCAAGGGAUCCUGAGAACUUUCCUUUUGUUGUGCUGGGAAACAAGAUUGACCUAGAAAACAGACAAGUCACCACAAAACGGGCACAAGCCUGGUGCUACAGUAAAAACAACAUCCCCUACUUUGAAACCAGUGCCAAGGAGGCCAUUAAUGUGGAACAAGCUUUCCAGACGAUUGCACGAAAUGCACUUAAACAGGAAACCGAAGUGGAGCUUUACAAUGAAUUCCCCGAACCCAUCAAACUAGACAAGAAUGACCGAGUGAAGGCUUCUGCGGAGAGCUGCAGCUGCUGAGGGGAGAGGGAGGGGUUGAGCACAGUCCUUCACAAAUGAAUAUCACACUUAGGCCUUCAAACACACAGCCCCUCUUCUGUGUUUAAAACGAAAUUUAAAAAAAUUUCCAUCUCCAGCUGCCAAAAUCCACCCAUCUUCCAUGAGCAUCUGUGAGUCCUGUACUUCAGAGCUCGUGUCCCCACACCAUCCACAUCACACUUCAUGGUAACAGACCUUUCUCUUAGUUUAAAAUGGAAACUCUUAUGUAUGUUUGGAACUGAAUCUAAUUCCAGGUGUCCAAUGGAGAGAAACUGUUUACAGGUAAUCUGUGUAACAAGUUACAUACAUUUUUAACUGUCUCGUGUUUUUCCCCUGUGAAGGCUGCAACUGGAAAGGCUGAUUACCCAUAGUUCAUUGCAAGCUCAGCACUCAGUCCAACUAGGUUGAGUUUUGUAUGUAUCUCUGUUAAUGCUUGUUACUUUUAACUAAUCAAAUCUUUUUACAGUAUCCAUGUAUUAUGUAAUGCUUCUUUAGGAAAAAUCUUAUAGUACAUGUUAAUAUAUGCAACCAAUUAAAAAUGUAUAAAUUAGUGUAAAAUUCCUGAAUUACAUGUUCAAGUACUGAAACACAGAUUGUGUAGAAAGUGAGGAGGACACUUGUGAACUGCAGCGUGCUAGCAACACAAAGUCCAGAUAGAGGCAGUAUUCUGUACAGUGGAGAUGAACUAUGUAAGCCUUCUUGUUUUGAGGCCAAAAAGGCUUCAUCUUCUGGAAAAUCUGUCUGGCUUCCUUGUAUCUAAAUUCUCAGAUUUGCAUAACAGCAUUGAUAUGCACACUGGAUUAUUGGAUUUAAAAUUAAAUACAGCUAUGAAAUGACCUCAUUUGUUCACCUCCCCUACUGCUUAACUCCUAACAUCCUGGAGCGAGUGUGAGAAGAAGCCAGAGCUGAGGUGUCCCAGUGGCUCUUUGUACUGUGGAAGGAGCUCCUCUCCCAUCUGGGUUGUGGUAGCUGUUUCUUGAUGAAUGACCUGGACUAUGAUCUUCCCUUUCUUCUUACUGACUGCUAAUCUGGAUUUUUGGUAUGGAAAAACUUGGCAAUCUAGUCCCUUUCCUCUCUUCCUUUCUUCCUGGUAUUUGUUCUUGCGUUUGUAGCUUGCUUAAAUGGAGCCCUUCUACCUGUUUUCCAGAGGUCUACAUUCUAGUACGUAGGCUGAGCUCUUAUGUAAAGAGACAAACAUGAUGCCAAUAAACUUAACAAGAACAAA